AAGGGCAAAGGGCAGGUGGUAUGCCGCAGCUUCCUCAGAUGUCUCCCAGGAUGGACCAAACGGUUGAAAGCUCUCAGCCCAAACAGCCCCCCAGAGACCCUUUGCUGCAGCUGGUCUCCCUGCAGGAGGCGUCUGGCUGCUGGGUGCUGGAUCCACAUCUGGCUGCUGCACUGGGAAAGACCAGCGAGGAGGUGGAGAAGCCCAAGCCUGCAUCGGUGAAGCAGGACGUGUGGGCCACCAUUCUGGCUCUGAUCUGGCUUCAUGGUUUCAAGAUGGAUGCUCAGGAGGAGUGGGAGCUUCUGGCUAUGAAGGCUGUGUCCUGGCUCCGAGCUCAGAAAGCUUCAGGGGUGACGGAGUGUGUGGAAGCAGGAAAUGCUCUGUUGGGUUGCAACGUGCAGAAAGACGCCGUGGGGCUCUGAGGUGUUCAUUGAAGGAGCUUCUCCUGCAGGAUUGGACCCCUCUGGUACACCGAAGGAGAUUCACUCCAUCAUGCAACCAUCGACUUAAAAUCAAAUAAACCAAUUUUAUGUCAACUUGGGUCUAGAACAACUUUAAACAACCAUGAGCUUUUGUGGUUUUUAUUUCAGUCUUCAUUUCUCUUUGAUUCGUUUUGCACAACAAACUUUGACAUCAGGUUUACAUGAACUUUAGCCAACUCUGAAUCACAUUUCAAAUGUUUAGCUGCCUGGAGAUGUUUUCAGCCACAUUGAGCAAGGCUUUAAAACGUCAUGCUUCAAUUGUGAAUUAUUUUUUACUAACCUUUGUAAUGAUUAGAAUGAUAGAUAUCCCCAAAAACUACUGGGUCUGCUUUAAAACAACUUGAGUUGAUGUCUUGCUCUUGUCCACCACUAAUCUGUUAUUUCAUACAAAAUGUAAUAAAUUGCAGGUGUGUGGCUGUAAGUAGUUGAUACUUCAUCCAACGCCUAAAGAGCAAAGAGAAGGUUAUUAAAAAGAGUGCCGAGAACGAAUGAAUUUCCUGAUUCAACCAUUGUUCCCGAGAUCCAUUUUUACUUUAACCAAUUCAACAGCAAGUUGCAGGCGAGAAGUUGAAAGAGAAAAUCAAAUUAUUUUCCUUACAAAGUAACUACAAUGCUAUUAAAUUCGAUUACUUUUUUAAAACUCUUAAUGGAAUUGGACAUAAAACUUUUAACAGUUAAAUAUAACAAGACAAGGCAGAAAAGCAAAAUAUAUAGUCGACAUUAUUUCUUCAUGUAACUGACGUUUUUUAAUUUGAUUAUUCCUGUUUUUUGUUCUGGAUUCAUACUCUAUUCUUUGUCAAUAUAUUCAAGUAUUCACGAAACAUCUAUCCAAUAAAACAGGUGUCAAGUAACGAAGUACAAAUACUUCGUUACUGUACUUAAGUAGACAUUUUGGGUAGCUAUACUUGAGUAUUUAUUUUUCAGACUUUUAACUUCUACUCCUUACAUUUUCGCGAAAAUAACUGUACUUUCUACUUCUUACAUUUAAAAAAUCGCCUCGUUACUAUUUCAUUUCGGAAGGUUUUUUUGGCUUGUCACCUUUCAAAAACACACAAAAAACUAAAACGCGCCGUCGGGAUUGCGUGGCUUUGAUUGUGGUUGGAUGAGAAGUGUAAACAUUUACCAUCCAGGCGCCUCAUUGGUUCACCACACGACGCAUAUCAGAGUGACGCAGGGUGCGUAAAAGUGGUGAAGGAUGUCUUUCAGGAGGCAGGUGAAGUAGUAAACUAUGGGGAGACACUGCAGUCUAAUCAAUGGGAACAACGUGUGUCCCUCUGUGGUUGUAGCGUCGCCUCUCUGAAUGUCGCCAUGUUUCCGUCAUCCGGCGGGUCACGUGACCUGAAGGCACCUUCCCAUCGCGUUGUGACGGACUGACGGACUGUUUGUUCUUAAUGGACAUUUCUUUCCCUUUCAAUACUUUUUUUUACUUUAGGUAGUUUUAAACUAGCACUUUUAUACUUUUACUUAAGUAAACAGCUUGAGCUGAUACUUCCACUUCUACAAAAGUAUUUUCAAAACCGAGUAUCUAUACUUCUACUUGAGUAAUGAAUGCGAAUACUUUUGACACCUCUGCUCAUGUGUAUGUUAAUGCACCACCAUAACACAACCGAUAUGUUUGCCUGACCUGACUUGUCAUCGUCGAUGCAUUUUAUUGUGAAAGCACAUGAUGUUGUGACUGGGGGGGAGAGGAUGGUGAGGUGAGGUCUACAUGGUGAUCAUUUGGAUUUGCUUCGUUGUAUUAUGUGGGUCACUGCCUCUUCCUCCUCCUCCUCCUCCUCACACUGUCCUUCUGAGCAUUCCUCUCCAUCCUCCAUCUUCUCUCCAUCCCUCCUUUUUAUUGAUCAUCCAAUAAGAUGGUUUUAAAAACAAACAGAGGGGCAAAAGAGUGAUUUAAGGACAAGAUGUGAGGAAAAACAGAUUCUUAGGCGCAUCAAAAAAAAUUGAUCCACAACAGGAAGGGAGAG